CAUUGAAUGUGCUUAUGGGACGGCGAAUACCAUGAAUAUGCCCAGGUAUAAAGCCGUUGGUCUUCCCAGGGGUAUGUGGUAGACGAGCCUUGGUUUCACCAGAGCAAAAGGACAACGAAAUACACAUAUAUAUCAACCAUGAAACGAUUUAUCACCGUUGCUACGGCUGUUUUGCUGCCCUAUCUAGGUGCAACUCUGCCCGCACCUGGCGAAACCGCUCAAAUCCCCCCACCAGUGGCCCUAGCAAAUCGACAAGUUCUUGAGGAAGGGCAGCUAACCUUCCAUCCUGCCACGGAACCGAAUGGCGUGGGGAUACUUGUCGUCCCCGGCGGCGGCUAUUCGGGCGUCUCUCUGGAUUAUGAGGGAGCAAACACCACUGCCUACCUGAACGCGAGGGGCUACGACGCAUGGGUACUCAACUACUCAACCGCGGCCACUGCGCCCACGCCGCUGUAUCCGAAACCACAGAAAGAGGCUCUUGCCGCGGUUGCUCAGAUCCGCAGUGAGAAUCGCGUUUCCAAACUGGGCAUCUGGGGCUAUUCCGCCGGCGGACAUCUGUCGGCGAUGACUCUGACGGAGCCUGGAGUGGCGCUCGAUUUUGGCAUUCUGGCAUACCCCGUCAUCACGAUGGACCCAGACUUCACGCACGCCGGAUCUCGAAGAUACCUGAUUGGCGAGAAUCCAUCGCUGGAGUUGCAAGUCGCAACGUCGGCCGAGACCCGCGUCACGCCGCAAACACCGAGAACCUUCAUUUUCCACACUGCAAAUGACCCAGUCGUGCCAGUCGAGAACACACUGUGGUUUGUGAGUGCGCUCGCAGCAAACAAGGUCCCUUUCCAGUCGCUGGUGCUCCCCGACGGCAACCAUGGAAUCGCCUUGGCACUCGCGGACCCCGAGCGAAACUGGACACCCGAGCUGGAGAGAUGGAUGAAGUAUUCGAUCUAAGGUGGACUGGUAAGAGAGAAGGUGUGGACGGGUGGGAGGCGUGCAACCAUGACCCCUGUCUACUACACGAUUUUACGUUUUAUGAUGUGCAUCAAUGCCACAGCGCUCCAGUUGACUACAGCGUCGGUCAGCAUGCCUCCGCUUCAUAUUUCAAUUAGCUAGCUCAGUGUUCAAACGCAGUUUGGCUUGGCCUGCGAUUCGUGACCUAAGCUGGUAACCGGUUGUGCGGCAUCCGCUCUACAUGACUCGAUCGUUGAGCCACUGUAAUGGUAAGAUUUUCUGAUCCAUUUGUCGCUGUCAAGUUUUAAUCUGGUACUUCUGACUACCGGCGUGUUUCUUUGGUCCAGUGGUUUUCGCAGCCGAAUGGAAGUUGGAG